AUGCUCCAGCAGCAACAGCAUAUCAGCAGCAGCAGCAGCAGCAAUAGCAUAGGAUUAGCAGCAGCAGCUGCUGCUACUGCUGCUGCUGGUGCUGCUGUCUCCGGCGACUUGGGCUGUCCCCUUUUAAAGCGCAGCGUAGCAUCAGCAGCAGCAGGAGAAGCAACAACAGCAGCAGAAGAAGAAGCAGCAGCAGCAGCAGCAGCAGCAGGAACAGCAGCAGCAGCAGCAGCAGAAGCAGGGAGGAGACACCCAUCAAGGCGGCAGCAGCUGUCUCCUCUCCCAGACUCAAACGCGCUGUCUCCUCUCAUCGCAGCGAAGCGAGAAGAGCAGCAGCAGCAGCAGCAGCAGCAGCAGCAGCAGCAGCAGGGAGGAGACGGAGCCCACCCGGACCGCCCUUCUUCGCCUUUACAGCUGAAGCGGGAGAGAGAUGAAAGGCAGCAGCAGCAACAGCAGCAGCAGCAGCAGCAGCAGCAGCAGCAGCAGCAGCAGCAGCAGCAACAAAAGCAAGAGCAGCAGCAGGAGGAGGAGCAACGAGAGCAAGAUAAGGAAGAAGGAUGCAUGUCUUGGGAAUCCAUAAACUCCCACCGCACCAGCAGCAGCAACAGCAGCAGCAGCAGCAGCAGCAGCAGCAGCAGCAGCAGCAAGAGUAUGGCUUUGUCUACAACAACCCCAUCGACAACCCCCCCGACCCCCAGCAGCACAGCGCCUACCCCUACCCCUAUCAGCAGCACCACAACAACCCCCAGCACCCCCAGCACCACCACCACCACCAGCACCACCACAACCACCAGCAGCAGCAGCAGCAGCAGCAGCAGCAGCAUGAGUAGCAACGAAGUUUCUUGGUUUCGUUCUGGGCGUGUAGGGGGUCGUUGUAUCCGGGGGGCCCCCCGGUCCACCAUACAGCAGCUGUACGGGCAAAUAUACGACUUAGAGGCCCUCGCAAUAAAAUUAAAUAAAACACAUAUCGAUGAUAUUGACCCGGGAGGCUUCGAUAGAAACUAUGCACACGGAAAAAGAUUUGCAGUGGGGGACUUGGGCAGAAAACUACUGCUUGUUGUUGUUAGAGAGAAGCUAGAGGAGGAGGAGGAGGAGGAGGAACAAAUGCGCAGACUUGUGCAGCAGCAGCAGCUGCAGCAACAGCAGCAGCAGCAGCAGCAGCAGCUGCAGCAGCAGCAGCAGCAGCAACACGAGCCACAAAACACUGCACCGAGAAAGAGACACAAAAGAGCUGAUGCAGCGCAGCAGCAAACGACGGCUCAUUCAUUCCCUUCUUCCUUCAGACAGCAGCAGCAGCAGCAGCAGCAGCAGCAGCAGCAACUGCAACACGAACACGAGCAGCAACAGCAGCGUCCGAAGCAGCACCACGACGAACACGAGCACCAGCAACAUUCCCAGCAGCAACAACAACAACAACAACAACAGCAGCAGCAGCAGCAGCAGCAGCAGCAGCAACCCGGAGACCCAGUCUCAGCACGCUGCAGCAGCAGCAGCUGA